AUGGGCUUAGACGCUAAUACAAAGUUUAUAUUACUCAGCCUAGGCGUCGUGCUCGGGAUCGGUCUGACGGUCUUAAUGGCCCGGGCAUUUUAUAUCAAUUACACUCUGUCAAAAGCCCGAAGGAUGACGACUCAAACUAUCCAACAGGGCGUGGCUAGAGAGGUUUCAAUGCAAGAACGGCGGUAUCGAGGUCGCAGGGUGGCAAGGAGUGGUCGUGCGCGAGGAGACUAUUACGAUUUGGAGUCCGGACUACGAGAGCCUCCUCCAGUCCAUCUUUCUCGUGAUUACGAGGACCCAUUGCCGCUCUAUGAACUGCCUCCAGAAUAUUCAGCUAUUGCGAAACCAGGACAGCGAACUGUGCCUUCAGAAGAUCCAGUUCCCUAUGAUCAAAUCGAUUUACAUCACAGUCCGAGCAUUGCAUCUUCGUCGUCAACUUCAUCCGCAUCUUCAUCCCGACAUUCAGCAACAAUUAUCCCCGAACAGCCUCCUUUCUACUCUGUGGCAAUUAGAUGA